UCAUGCGCCUUGGUCUCACCGAGCUCCGCGUUAACUCCCGGCCGUCCUUCCGUAGCUUCUCCCACGACCCUUCACCACCUCUCGCCGAUGAGAUCUUCCGCUCGGCCCGCCGAUCCGGGGCCUACACUCAGGGCGAUGCCACCUAUCUCUCCCUAGCCCGCGCCUUCUCCGAUGCUGCCCCCCCGGACCUGCCGGCCCUCCGCCGCCUCCUCUCCCGCAUGCGCCGCGACCGCCGCCCAUUCCCCGAGCGCGUCUUCAUCCCCAUCAUCCGUGCCUUCGGCCGCGCCGGCCUCCCCCUUGCCGCCAUCCGCCUGUUCGAUCGCCUCCUCCCCGCCUUCCGCUGCGCCCCCUCUGCCCGCUCCCUCAACUCCGCCCUCGCCGCCCUCCUCUCCUCCCCACACCCCUUCGCCUCCCUCGCCCUCCCCUUCAUCUCCUCCGCCCUUCGCCGCCACCCUUCCCUCUCCCUCAACCUCCUCACCUUCAACCUCCUCCUCAAGGCCCUCUGCCAUUCCGGCUCGCUCGACCGCGCCCUCAGCCUCCUCCGCGAUCACCACCUCGACGCCGCUGAUGGCCUCCGCCUCCCCCUCCCCCUUCGCCCCGACGUCUACUCGUACUCCACCCUCAUCGAUGCCCUCGCUCGUGCCGGCCGUCUUGACGAUGCCCUCGCCCUGCUUGACGAAAUGCAGCUUGAUGGCGUCGCCCCCUCCACCGUCACCUUCAACUCCCUUCUCCGUGCCCUCUGCCGCGCCGGCGAUCUCCACCGCGCCGCCAAGCUCGCCCGCUACAUGCUCCUCAAGGGCUGCCCCCCGACCCUCGCCACCUACAACACCCUCGUCCACGGCCUCUGCCUCCGUGGCCGCCUCGACGACGCCGCCGCCCUCCUCGCCCGCAUGCCUCGCGACGGCUGCACACCCAAUGAGAUCACCUACGGCACCCUGGUCGACGGCCUGGUCCGCCUCGGCCGCCCCUCCGACGCCAAGCACCUCGCCGAACACAUGGCUGCGAACGGCCUUCGGCCCAACGAGUUCAUCUACUCCGCCCUCAUCGCUGGCUUCUUCCGCUCCGGCGACCCGGACGAGGCGAUGAGAAUAUGGGACGAGAUCACGACCACCACCUCUUCCUCCUAUAUAAAGCCCAACACGGUUCUGUACACUGCCCUCAUCGACGGGCUCUGCCGCCACGGGCGGAUGGAAGCCGCCGAGGAGGCGCUCGGUAAGAUGACCGCGGAGGAUUGCAACCCGAAUGUGCUGACCUUCAGCUCCAUCAUAAGGGGCUACUUUCAGGCGGGCAACAGCCAACGAGCGCUCGCCACGUGGCAUCGUAUGGUCGAGCUCGGGUGCGAGCCCAACGAGGUGAGCUACAGUAUUCUGAUCCAUGGCUUCUGCGAGGAGGGAAAGCUGAAGGACGGUAUGAUGGCCUGGAAGAACAUGUUAAAUAAGGGGUGCACCCCAGACUUGGUCGCCUACACCUCCAUGAUCAGAGGGUUGUGCGAGGCCGGGAUGGUGGAUGGAGGGAUGAGGCUAUUCAACGAUAUGCUGGCUCGAGGAGACGUGGAACCGGAUGCUGUCACUUAUAACACAUUGUUUCAUAGUUUGUUGAUAGGCGGUAACCGCACCAGGGCGAUGGACUUGCUGGGUCGGAUGCUGGAUAGGGGGUGUGACCCGGAUCCCGUCACCUGCAACAUAUUUUUGAAAGGGUUGGUGGUGGAGGGAAAGGGAAGGGAGUUUUUGGAUGGGCUAGUGGUGAGGCUAAUCAAGAGGGAGAGGGUGGAAGGUGCUUCUGAGAUUAUGGAGGUGAUGCUGAGGAAGUGUUUGGCUCCGGAAGCAUCCACUUGGGAGAAGGUGCUGAGAGGGGUUUGUAAGAGGAAGAAGGUAUGGAGGAUGAUUGAUGAGUGCUGGGGGAAGAUGUGGGGAUGAAAGUUUUGACAUUUGAGCUUGUGUUGUACAUUUUUUUUAUUUUUGUAACUUAUAUGCUUGAAUUCUUUUUGUGGCAUUGGCAUAAGGGCGGCAUUUGAUUGUUAUCAAUAACAUUAGUCACAAAAUCUUUCUUAUGGGAAA